GUCUCCGGCUAUAAAUCGGUAUAACCUAUAAUUCGUUUCCCUAAAAUUCGUUAUACUCAUCUUACCUUAUAAGGAGAAACUCGUCUAAUCAGUGAAUACUUCAUUUUCUGCUGACGAGGUAAAAUAUUUCAAUCAAAACAAUGUCCGACCCCCGCAUAAGAAUUCUAAAAAUUAAAACUGGAGUAGUGAAACGUCUCGCGAAAGAAAAAGUCACGUAUGAGAAAGAAGCGGCACAGCAACGUGAAAGGAUACAAAAAUUGAAGGAUCAGGACAAAGAUGGUUACGACAUAAAGAAACAAGAAGAAGUACUUCAAGAAUCUCUCAUGAUGGUGCCAGAUUGUCAACGACGUCUUGUUAAAGCAUUCGCAGAGUUAAAGGGUAUAUUAGAAACGGAACAAGAUUUAAAAGAAGUCGAAGACUACAUCGAAGCGGAGAAAGUUUUACGAGAAGCAGAAACUCAACUUCCCAGAGAGGGAGAAAUUAUGGAGAUGUGUUAAAAAACAAAGCCUAAUAAUCCUAUUAAGAUAUUGCCAAAAGUUACAAAAGAACUAUAUUUUCAUCUAACACACUUUGUAAACACAUUAAAAUAAUCAUUUAACCUAUACAAAAAGCGAUAGUUUUAAGGCAUUUCAUAUUUUA